AUGACUCCGAAGUCUACAUAUAGCAACAUGAGAGGUUUACAGCUUUUCAUUGCUGAUUUAAAGUCAGCACAGAAUUUACAAGAACAGCAAAAAAGGAUUCAGUCAGAGCUGGUGAACAUAAAGACUCAGUUUGGUACCACUAGUUUAAAUGGGUAUCAAAGAAAAAAAUAUGUGGCCAAGCUGGUCUACAUUUAUAUUACUACGAAUACUGCUCGAAUCAAUGAUUUGCUGUUCGGAGUCGACCAAUGCCUUGUCCUUUUAAAGUCAAAUGUCUAUUCUGAAAAGUUCAUCGGUUACAUGUCCUUGGAAUUAUUUCUAUAUCAUGAAGCUGUGAAGGAUAGGGUACUAUAUCCUGUAAUUGACCAAUUGAAGCUUGAUCUAGAGUCUAAGGAUGUGAACUUUACUUCCCUAGCUCUUAAUUUUAUCGGUAUAGUUGGACCUGGCAGUAAACAGUUUUGCAACGAAUUACUAUAUGAGGUGUUCAAAAUAAUCAAGGCGCCAGAGUAUUCGGCGUUACCAAAGUCAAAGGCAUCUUUGGCUUUCUUAGCAAUCGUUCGUGAAUACCCUUCAUUUUUAACAGAAUUAGAUGAUGAAAGACUAUCAGCAUGGAUAAGUGACAUCUUUGCACUAUUAGAUGACGAAUGCAAUUACGGAUUAAUUCUAACAGCGCUUCCGUUGUUAGAGUUUCUAGCACAGCAUGUUGCUUACGACAGGUGUGUGGCUUUGAUUCCAAAAUUAGUGCAAAUACUCUACCGAUGCGUUGUGAUUGCCAAGGAUCAUCCUAAUGAGUUUUCAGAUGAGUACAAGUAUGCUGGCAUGCCAAAUCCGUGGCUCAUUUGUAACCUUGUGAAGGUGUUGAAUUUUUUAAUCACGGCACCCAAUGCAAAUGCAAGAUUCACCUUGGAAAAUAUUGAUCAGCAAAGUCUUGGAAAGCUAAGGUUAUGUGUCUCGAAGGCCAUAGAUUUAAACACACCUCAGAACAAUUUUAGCAGUAAUAUUCAGCAUACCAUUUUUUUCCCAUUGCUGAAUUUAGUUAUUAAGCUUGAUCCAUCUUUUGAGGCAAUUACCAGUUCCAUAUUAGUGUUGUGCUCAUUCCUUACAUCUAAGGAUAUAAAUAUUCAGUAUCUAACGCUGCAUACGCUUGUGAAAUUGGCCUGCAGUUCAACUAAAAGUUCCCAAGAUACUAUCCGAAAAAACUGUCUACCCAAAUCGUUUCAGCUGCUAAAGGAGGAACGAGAUGUAUCAAUAGCAAGGAAGCAAUUGGACUUGAUAUAUUCUUUGACAGAUGAAGAAAACGUGGAAUAUAUUGUUGAUCAGUUGAUAGCAAUUCUUUCAAACUCUAAGAAAAAGCCUAGUUAUAUUCGAGAUGAUCUAUGUGUUAAAAUUUCCUUACUGCUUGAGAAGUUUGCGAAAGACAUUAACUGGUUCGUAAUGUCAUCCCUAAAACUACUAUCGCUGACGCAAUUGGAAGGCAGUCUCAAUGAUGAUCGAAUUUGGCAACGACUAUGUCAAAUUGUUGUGAAUAAUGUGCCUCUUCAUAAGUUGACAUGUUCAAAUCUCCUAGAUUAUUUAUAUGAAAAUAAUGCAUCGGAGGCAAUUGUCAGAACUGGUGCUUUCCUCCUGGGGGAAUAUGCUGAUUUAGUUGUUGAAAAAGUAUCCAUUGGUGAUAUUUUUAAUAUAUUAGCCGACAAAUAUUUCUUAUGUGAUGGUUUCACCAAGGGUAUUAUAUUGACUACAAUGAUAAAAUUGUAUCGUUUCAACCCUGCCAUAAGCAGUCCUAUAAUUAAAUUUUAUCAGCUCGAGCUUAACUCCCUGGAUCUCGAAUUACAGACGAGGGCAUACCAAUAUCUGAAGGUUAUUCAGUUGUCAAAAAUAAAAAAUGAUGAUAUGAGUUUAGUGGAUACCCUGCUCAGCAGCAUGCCUUCUUUCACUAAAAAUGGAAAUCAUCUGGUGACUAGACUGGGAAAUCUAUCUUUAGAUCAAGAUGAUUUAUCAGUAUCAACUGUUGGCAACUGCUCAAGCUUUUUGAUGACCAGAACUUCUACACCAGGACCUACUCCUCCACCAUCAAGGAAUUUAAAAACUUCAUACUCAAAUAUUAACCUUACUGCAGAUUGGCAGUCAGGGUUCCAACGUAUGUUGAUACACUCCCAGGGUGUCUUUUAUCAAAAUUCGCUGAUAAGAAUUCUCUAUCGUAUCACUCAAAAUACCUCUCAGCCAUUUGAAUCGAAAAUAGGUUUCACUUGUAUCAACAGGACAGAAUUACCAAUUACAGGGUUUCACCCAGAGGUUGUCCCAUUGCGUACCGACGAUAAUCCUGCUUAUAUAAUAAACAUAACAGGUAUUGCUCAAUUCACGAUCCAACCUGAUGAGCGUACUCUAUUUUCCUUUGAUAUUAUAAUCCGUCACACAUUCUCAGUUCACGAGGCACCAAUUUUGUGCUUCAACUUCAGAUACGGAGGCUACAAUAAAGAGUUGAACCUAAAAUUAGGCUACGGGAUACUGGCAACUUUACAAGCAGGAUCGGGUCCCUCCACACUCCCACAAUUCAUUCAACGUUGGAGAGCUCUCAGUGAUGCCCUUGGUAAGGAAGGAGAAUGGGACCAAUCUACUACCUUCAAAAGUUUGAAAACCUUGAGUUCAACCCUUGUGAAGAUGGGAUUUGCAAUUGUCAAACAAACAACUGUUACUAACACUCUCUUCGCAAUGGGUAUUAUACACACAAAGUCUGGUGGCAACUUUGGAUGUUUGCUGAAGUUCAAGUUUGCAGGGAAUCAGUUGGAUAUCGUGUGUAAGACUACCACAGAGGGAACUCUAGCUAAAGAUGUUGUUGAAUGUAUAAUUAGUGCAGUAUAA